AUGCCAUUUCCACAUUGGCUAGUACUGCCAGUAUCAUUUCCCGUGCGCGAGUCGACAAGACAACCCGUGUUGACCUCUCUUGACCCUAACCUUGAACAAACGGAUCCGAUUGUGCAAGGAGAGAACCGGGUCAUUCCGGCAGUUGACGACGGAUUCAUGAUGUAUUCUCCGUCUGCAUCACACGUGGAGGAGGAGAGCGGGCAGCAGUCUGUGGACGAGGAUCCACAUGUAGCUGAGGUGCAAUCGUGGACGGCGCCCAUGGUAUGA